CUAACCUGUUGCAAUAUGACAACUUAAAUAUGAACAUGUUUAGCUGCAGUAUAUGUAAAUGACCACUUGGUGUCGCUGUUCUUUUAUUUUGCAGCAGCAGGAAAAAUCUUUUCUUUUUUUGUUGCUCUGACUUGAUGGAGGAGGGACCUGAAAUGUGUGUGCGUGUGUUUGUGUGUGUGUGUGCGCGUGUUUGUGUGUGUGUGCUAGUGUGUGUGACUGAGUGAAGAAAUGUGCUUGUUGUCGUUCACACACUGACUCCCUUCACUUCAGGGUCCAUGUCUCACUUUGAACCACUUCUAAUCCAAGUCUGACCCCUUCCUGUCAUUUAGUUGAGCGCACACACAUUAGAAGACGCGGUGUGUGUAUGUGUGUGUGUGUGUGUGUGUUGUGUGUUUUUGUGUGUAGAGACAUGUAGUAAGGAGGAAUGGAUGCAGACUGUAACAGUUAGGUAAGCAGGGUGUCAACAGGUGACCAGCCUUCACAGAAGAAAACAGGACUACACCUUGACGGGUCUUCCCCUCGGUUCCUCCACCCUCCAGCGGCUCUCCCUCUCGGAUUUACCCGCAUCUGGUGCUCCCUCCGCCGGACUCUUCUCCUGUGUUCACCCCGGCCGGAGGAAGAAAUGUCGGAGGAAAAAACAGAUAUUCCCAACGACUUGCUCGAGAGCGUGCGGGAGGCGGUGGGCCGGAGGGUGAAGCUGACCCUGAGGCGGAAAGUCCAGCUGGAGGUCAAAGGUGACAAAGUGGAGAACAGAGUGCUGGCCUUGGCGUCACAUCGAGUCUAUCUGCUGACAGCACGGGUCCCUUCAAAGGUUGAACACUCCUUCAGCUACCUGGAUAUCCAGGGAAUCAGCAGCAACAAGCCCACUCAGUUGGUUUUAGAGUACGAGCGCGGUCCAUGGAGCCUCCGGCUGAGCUCGGUGGAGGAAGUGGACGAGGUGAUCGCUCACAUCGGCACCUCUCUGCACCGGAUCUGCCCCGUUGGAUCACCUGU